AUGAUGAUUGAUCCGCGCUUUGCCAAUGCUGGCGCCGUUCCUCUUGGAGCUGGAUAUGAAGAACAGCAAUUGCCCACUCGUCGUCAUCGUCGUCGCCACCAUCGUCAUCGUAAGAACAAACAUGGUAUUGUUGGUAUAUCACCAUUAAGCCGUGAUGAAUCAAUACAUAAAGUAGAUCAUACUGAAGGUGCAUCAGUAGGUACUGGGUUUGGUGUACCAUUUGGUGCCGCCGGUGUAGGAGGUUUUUAUCAACAACAACAACAAUACACGGGUGCUAGUGAUGAAACUAACAGAAUACCUGAGCAACUAGUUGGUCAGCGUUCUUCGAGUGCAUUAAAUAAUGAAGUAUCGCAUGUACGCCCAUCAAUAUCACCAGUUGGAGCUGAAGCUAGAGUCAGCCACGGAUCUCAUCAUCGACAUCACCAUAGUGGUCAUCAUCAUCAUCAUCAUCAUCAUCAUGGUGGUCAUACAACCAUUUCUGGUGGUGGUCAUGGAAACGAUGAUAUAAUCUUUAUUGAACAUGGUCCUAACAACCGCUAUCCUCAAGGACCACCAUCUGGUUUCGAAUUCAGGGGCAGAAUAGAAGUUCAAGGCCAUGAGAAAGUAUAUCGUUCACGCUCUCGUGGCCGACCUUAUCCUCUUCCAGCAUUGCCAGCACCAGCACCAGUACUAGGUCCUUGUCCACCUGGAUGGAGACCAGUGAGUUUGCCAGUUGGCAAUUGUGGUCCAUGUCCACCUGGUACUAUUGCAUACAAUGGACAAGUAGAUGCAGGUUAUGGUACCCUUGGGUCGUAUGGUGCGGGUGGAUUUUCCGGUAUAGGAUCAAGUUAUGGUUUUGCAUCGGGUGGUCAAAUUAUAGCUGAUUAUAUUGUUGAACCGAGCUCUGGUGGUUAUAUUAGUGGUGGUGGUUAUGGUAGUGGUGGUGGUUAUGGUAGUGGUGGUGGUUAUGGUAGUGGUGGCGGUUAUGUUAGUGGUGGUGGUUAUGGUAGUGGUGGCGGUGGCGGUUAUAUCUAUGGAGGAGGCGACGAUUACUCAGAAGAACGUGUCACAAGUCGACCAACAGUUAUCGAAGUUUGGCAAAGACGACCCAGAUCUCGAACACCUGUAAAAUCACGUAGUUGUUCUCAUUCUCAUUCACGUUCACGUUCACGUACACGGAGCCCACAACAUGCUACAGCACUUGAUCUUGAACGAUUUCGUAGCGACGUUCUGCUAGCUAUCGAACGUAUAACACAAGGUCUAAGUACCAAAAUACAAUUGUUUGGACAAGACGGUGGUACUCAAACACAACAUACUCGUGAAAUCAUUGAAAGGGAACGAGGAUCUGGUGAAGUUCGAGUUAUUGUACAACCUAUUCAACCGGUCUUCUAUAUGCCACGACAAACCGAUUCCGUGACGCAUACACAAAUAAUACCACAAGUUCUUCCAACUCCUUAUAUUCCGCAACCUGCACCUGCACCUGCACCUGCACCUGCACCACAAGUUAUCUAUGUUCCACGUAAUGUCUACGUGCCUGUCAUUAAACCUGUUUUCGUUCCACGAGAACGUGUUAUUGUACGUCCUCAAGUCAUACAUGUUGCUCGACCUGUACUUGUUGAUAGACCAGUGCCUGUAACACAACGACCAAUCAUCAUCGAUCGUGAACGACCUGUUCCAGUACCAAUACGUACUGUUGGUGUGGGAGUAGGAAAUGUGGGUGGUGCUAGAACGAUUAGAGAAGAAUAUGUCUAUCGAGACAACUUACCUGUCGCUUACGGUGGUCGUGUUUCUGGACAUGCUGGUGGUAUUAAUUAUGGCUAUAUGCCAACGCAACAAGAGCAUCAAUAUGUUACUAGCUCAGCUCAAGAAAUAUUAAAUAGCUAUCCAGUACCAGAACCAGUAUACGAUGUAACUGUUCCAAACAUAUAUGGAUAUACUCAACAGGCUGCUCCAUACAAUUUAAACCAAGGUGGUGGAGUAUAUGAAACUUAUACUAAUGUAGUUGGAGCAAAUAGUUCAUCAGUAUUCAACGAUGGACUAAUUAAUUGUACAGGUCCAAUUGAAGUACUCGAUACAACUGUUAAUCCUAGUUGGCAAAGGACAGAUAAAACAGCAUUAUUACAACGUUUUGGACGUCCAGCCUAUGAUAUUGUUCAAAGAACUGAUCAAGUUGAACAACAAAUGCUGCAGCAACUUCGUCACCGAAAUAUAAAUUUGGGUGUUCAAAGAUCUCAAUCAAUAGGUAGCUAUGGAACAGGUGCCGGUGUAGCAAUCAAUACUGGUGGUGAAUAUCUGACAAACGCUGCUUCAUAUGCGUCACUUCCAGUUGGUAAUAUAAACAAUUUCGGAGGUGUUGUUCAAGAAUAUACAGCACCAAUAGAUCCAUGCAUCAAUUAUUAA